AUGAGCAGUCAAAUCACUCUCAGCGCUCUUCAGAGUAAAUGGGCGGUGGUCGGAUCCAUCGCCAUCGUCAGCUACGACUACUUCCUCACACUUGAUCGCGAGAUUCAGUACAUCUGGAGGAGGAAAUUCACGAGUGCAAGUGCGAUAUAUAUCGUCACACGUUACUCCUCAUUGGCCGCCAACAUCUUCACGCUCCUCAAUUUCUUCCCUUGGCCGGGCAAAUCAACACCAACGUCUCUGAUACCCUCGGCGUGGCAGAAGUGUAACGCGCUCGCACGGGCUUUCACCGCAACGGCUACCGUCAUCAUCAUGUCCUCCGCGGUUUUCUCGUCACUGCGAGCGUACGCGCUGUGCCAAUGCAAACCCGUCUCCUACCUCGUUUUAGCGCUAGGGUCUGGGAAUGCCGUUCCUUUGAUUUAUGAAGUGAUCAAAACUCAGGCCACCUACGACCCAGGAACCAACAACAUCGACACCAUGUGCAAAGUGGAUUUCUCGCCGUUCAUAUCCUUCCGCAAUGCACUCCUCGUUCUCAAUGUCAUGAAUCUUGUCUUCAUCAAAGAGGUUAAGGUAACACUGCACCUCCUCUCGCUCGAUUUCAUUGGUGCAUUGAGCGCUACGGCAGCAGUGUUGACCUGCCGCUUCAUCCUCGAUUUGUUCGAGGCGAGCACGAGGACACGCUUCGGCACUGGCCCCACAGUACGCCUCUCCGCCAUGCCCAGCAUGAUACUUUCACGUUCGCUCGCGUCCCGACACGUUGGCGGUCCCGACGUGACAGGCACUUCCCAAGGGAUUUUCGACGCAGAUGUCAGCCGGCACAGGACAGAAGAGAGCGAGAGCGUCUACGGCACCACGGAUGACUACGACUUCGAGCUCCAGCCUGUUAACCUGGAACGUCAGAAAUCGAACGUGCACCCCCUCUUAUCUGAGUCUUGA